GCCCAAGGCCCGCAAAGCUUCGCAUCACACUGAGAUUAAGGUGGGAGAAACAGAACGCAAGAGGCGUCUACUGCUGCACUCCGCAAUUCCGGCGACUCCACCACCACCACCACCACCACCACAACCCGAGCAGCCAGUCCACACCGACCACCGCGAUGUCGAGGCGCGGGGACUGGGUCUACGAGAACAACGGCGGGACCUGCGUGGCCAUCGCCGGGGCCGACUACUGCGUCGUCGCCGCAGACACCCGCCUCUCCGUUGGAUACAGCAUCCUCACGCGCGACCACUCCAAGAUCUGCGAGCUGGCUGACAAAUGUGUACUAGCUUCCUCUGGCUUUCAAGGUGAUAUUAAGGCUCUGCACAAGAACCUAGCUGCCAGAGAACUGCUAUACCAGCACCAGCACAAUAAAAGGAUGAGUUGCCCCGCCAUGGCACAGCUCCUCUCCAAUACCCUGUACUACAAGCGAUUCUUCCCAUAUUACGCCUUCAAUGUGCUUGGCGGGCUUGACAGUGAAGGGAAAGGAUGCGUUUUCACUUAUGAUGCAGUUGGUUCCUAUGAGAGGACUGGAUACAGUGCGCAAGGAACAGGAUCUACUUUGAUCAUGCCAGUCUUGGACAACCAACUAAAAUCACCUAGUCCGCUAUUACUCCCUGCAAGAGAUGCUGUCACACCUUUGUCGGAGUCAGAGGCCGUCGAUCUAGUUAAGGAUGUUUUUGCAUCUGCAACUGAGAGAGACAUCUACACUGGUGAUAAGUUGGAGAUCGUGAUCAUUAACAAGGCUGGGACUAAGCGUGAGUACAUCGACCUGAGGAAGGACUAAGCCGACGCUUCAGUUGUGCUGCAGCUGCCAUUUGCUUCGAACGCCCCUUCUCUGGGAAUUUAUGUCUAAAGCUGUUACUUCAUAGAAACACUCGUGUUUGCUUGCUUCUGUGCUGUACCAGGAUUCAGUGAGCUUGUUUUGUUACAACAAUUUGCUACUUUGAUACUGAGGAGAUAUUUAUUGGCAGAAAGGCUAAUUGUUUGAGGUGCACCAUAA